AUGGAGCUCACCAAUAACUUCACUCAAUCGCAAGCGGAUGAAAAGGCCAGCGGACAUACGGACAAUAGCCAUGACAAACAGGGUUAUAGUCACCAAGAAGAUGUAGGGUCGGGUGGCUACGCGGACGAGUCGGGGGAGCAAGGGUCUGAGCCUCCUAUGACUUUUCGUCGCUUUAUGGGCUUCACAGCUAUGGCCUUCUUAUGGACUGGGAGUCAGAUUCCUGUCUAUCUGUUUGGAGGAAUUCCACCCUACAUCUACGGAGAUAUAGGCGGAUCAGAUCGAUGGGUUUGGUUUGUUUUAGCUAACCUCCUCGCUCUUGCCGGUGUCUGUCCAUUUGUUGGAUCCCUUUCCGAUCUGAUAGGCCGUCGCUAUGUUGCCCUGAUUGGAGUUACACUUAUUUGUAUCGGAAUGAUUGUGAGCAGUACUGCACACACGAUGAAUACAUUCAUUGGCGGAAUGGCCAUCGCAGGUGCAGGUGCGGGCGUCAAUGAGUUGACCGCAUUGGCUGCAACAUCUGAGAUGGCGCCGACCAGACAGCGAGGUAAAUAUGUCGCCGUUCUGAUCUUCACUAUAGUGCCGUUCUGCCCAUCUGUAUUAUGGGCUCAGCUUAUAGCAGCCCAUAGCGGUUGGCGAUACGUUGGGGCAUUCUGUGGUGCCUGGAACGGGUUCGGCUUGCUGAUCACGGCGCUAUUCUACUAUCCACCACCAAGGAUUAAUUCGGAGGGAUUGUCUCCCAAAGAGGUCAUGAGUCGGGUUGACUAUGUCGGUGGCUUCCUCAGUAUUGUAGGACUAAUCCUGUUUAUGGCUGGGAUGCAAUGGGGCGGUUAUCAGGUAUCACGAUCCUAUAUCACGUCGCUACUCCAAUGCAGGUUGAACUCAGAGACUAACCUAUACUACAUUAUCUUCGGAGUCUGGGAAGUCUACGGCGCAAGGUAUCCUAUCUUCCCCAGCCGCUUAAAGCAAGAACCUCGUACCCUGGGUUUAACCCUAGUUAUCACCUUCAUCUCCGGUGCCAACUUUUUCUCCGUGAUCAUGUUUUGGCCCACCCAGUCAUUCAACGUAUACGGACAUGACCCAGUUGAAGUCGGCGUCAGAAGCUUACCCAUCGGAUUCGGCAUCAUGGGCGGUGCCUGUAUCACACUGUGGCUAUUGAGUCUCUUGCGAGGUCACAAUAAGGAACUACUGAUCAUCAGCAGUAUCCUCAUGACCGCCGGUUGCGGCGCAAUGUCAAUUGCCCGUCCCGACAACCUGCACCAACUAUGGGGCCUACUCACCCUCGCCGGUCUAGGUAUCGGCGGAAUCGUAGUUCCAGCCUCCAUCAUGACAACUAUCAUCUGUCCAGAUGACCUAAUCGCAACAAUCUCCGCCCUCACCCUUUCCAUCCGCGUAGUCGGCGGCAGCAUCGGCUACACGAUCUACUACAACGUCUUCAUAUCCAAAUUCAUUCCAAAUGCCAAACACUACAUCGGCGGCGUCAUGCUCACACAGCUCAACAUCACGAAUACUACUUACAUCGCCGAAGCAAUCGAGCUCACCGGUGCCUCGUUAUUAGACGGAUUGCGGGAGAUUCCUGGAAUUGCAGGAAAUGAAACUGCGUAUCAGGCUGUUGUGGCAGCAGGCCAGAUGGCCUAUUCUGAGGGCUAUAAGUGGGUAUAUUAUGUUAGUAUUGCGUUUGGAGGCGUUUCGAUUUUGGCAGCGUGUUUCUUGGGAAGUAUUGGGGAUUAUAUGGAUGAUCAUGUGGCUGUGGUUAUUUAG